GAAGAAAGAGAAAGAUUGACCAGAGACCUCAUCUAGCAGGCACACUUCCUUACUCAGUCACUCUCUCCUCUCCCGGUCUGGGACGUGUAGGACAGCUGUGUCUGUAGCUUUCUAUCAGGUGAGUCCAUCCUCCUUACUCAGUCGCUCUCUCCUCUCCCGGUCUGGGACGUGUAGGACAGCUGUGUCUGUAGCUUUCUAUCAGGUGAGUCCAUCCUCCUUACUCAGUCGCUCUCUCCUCUCCCGGUCUGGGACGUGUAGGACAGCUGUGUCUGUAGCUUUCUAUCAGGUGAGUCCAUCCUCCUUACUCAGUCGCUCUCUCCUCUCCCGGUCUGGGACGUGUAGGACAGCUGUGUCUGUAGCUUUCUAUCAGGUGAGUCCAUCCUCCUUACUCAGUCACUCUCUCCUCUCCCGGUCUGGGACGUGUAGGACAGCUGUGUCUGUAGCUUUCUAUCAGGUGAGUCCAUCCUCCUUACUCAGUCACUCUCUCCUCUCCCGGUCUGGGACGUGUAGGACAGCUGUGUCUGUAGCUUUCUAUCAGGUGAGUCCAUCCUCCUUACUCAGUCACUCUCUCCUUUCCCGGUCUGGGACGUGUAGGACAGCUGUGUCUGUAGCUUUCUAUCAGGUGAGUCCAUCCUCCUUACUCAGUCACUCUCUCCUCUCCCGGUCUGGGACGUGUAGGACAGCUGUGUCUGUAGCUUUCUAUCAGGUGAGUCCAUCCUCCUUACUCAGUCGCUCUCUCCUCUCCCGGUCUGGGACGUGUAGGACAGCUGUGUCUGUAGCUUUCUAUCAGGUGAGUCCAUCCUCCUUACUCAGUCACUCUCUCCUCUCCCGGUCUGGGACGUGUAGGACAGCUGUGUCUGUAGCUUUCUAUCAGACAUGAUGCAUCGCAUCUUCCUCAUCUGCUUGAGUUCUCUGCUCCUCCUCCUCUUCCUCUCCUCCUCCGCGCUUUCGGAACCCCGCCGAUGGUCGUCAUCCUCACCAAGCAGCAGGACCGCGCGCGCUCCGGUUUCCAAGGUGCGCCUGGCGGGAAACUUCGCCCGGGGACUGAACGAGGGUCGCGUGGAAGUGCUUCACAACAGCACGUGGGGGACGGUGUGUGAUGACGAAGUGGAUAUCAAACUAGCCAAAGUCGUCUGCCGCGAGCUGGGCUUUCAGACCGGCAUCACGUGGGCGCACAGUGCCAAAUAUGGAGAGGGUGAUGGUCCUAUCUGGAUGGACAACGUGCGUUGUGACGGCACAGAGAAGACUGUGAAAGACUGUAAACAUAACGGCUGGGGUGUCAAUGAUUGCAAGCACUCUGAGGACCUUGGCGUGGUCUGCAGUCCGGAGCGACGACUGGACCAGGUCACGGGGUCACGUAUUGGUCAGUCAGUGGCCCUGCGUCCGGAUGUCAGCGUCUCGCCCCAGUGGCAAAGCAUCCUGGCCAGCCGCAGUAACCCCCGACAGGCCCAUCAUGGGAACGGACACCCUCCAGAGAGGCCCAGCCAGAGACAGCACCACUACAACCCGUAUUCCAGCAAGGUGCGUAUCCAGGAGGUGCGUCUGCGGCCCAUCCUGAUGCACACUAAGAAGCGGGCCCUGAUCACUGAGGGCGUGGUGGAAGUGAAGCAUGCUGGGAGAUGGAGGCAGGUGUGUGACCUGGGCUGGAACCUCAACAGCAGCAGAGUGGUGUGUGGAAUGCUGGGGUUCCCUGAGGCAGAACUACACAACGAAAGAACAUACAAGAAAAUCUGGGACGCCAAGCUUGCUGAUCCAUCCACAAAGCUGAGCCUCAUGGCUAGUAAGAAAAGUUACUGGGUAGAGAAGGUUCACUGCCUGGGGUCAGAGACCAGCCUAUCAGAGUGUCACACUAAGCUGUCCAUCCCACUUAGCCCCUCCCCCUGUAAGAGUGGGAGACACGCUGUGGCGAGGUGUGUACUGGGACCACAGUUUGCGCUCAUGUCAUCUGGAAGACCCCAAGCACCGCACCCAAUUGUACCGGUGCGUCUGAAGGCUGGCCCCAGGCUGGGCGAGGGCCGUGUGGAGGUGUUGAAGGAGGGGAAGUGGGGUACCAUCGUAGACCACCUGUGGGACCUCAACUCAGCCAGCGUGGUGUGCAGGGAGCUGGGCUUCGGAACUGCCAAGGAGGCCCUCACUGGAGCUCACAUGGGACAAGGUACUGGUCCUAUCCAUAUUAACAGUGUCCAGUGUUUGGGGACAGAGAAGUCUAUCCUUGAAUGUAACUUCCAGGAUGCCCCUCUAUGGACGUUCAAACACACCCAGGACGCCUCAGUACGCUGCAACGUCCCCAAGCUUGGCCUGGACAGCAUGGUGCGGUUGGCGGGAGGCAGGGAGCCAGGUGAGGGCCGUGUGGAGGUACUGAUGGAUGUAGGGGGUCGUAAGAGAUGGGGGUCAGUCUGCAGUGAGAACUGGGGGAUCAACGAAGCCAUGGUGGUCUGUCGACAGCUGGGUCUGGGGUUCGCAUCCCGAGCACACCAGGAGACAUGGUAUUGGGCUGGGGAUCCUAACGCAGCAGAGUUGGUGUUGAGUGGAACCCACUGUGUCGGAAAUGAGCUGUCAAUCCAACAGUGUCGCCGUAACAACCACAUCCACUGUCCCCGGGGUGGCGGGACUAAGGCUGCAGGGGUCACCUGUUCAGAGACUGCCCCUGACCUGGUACUAGAUGCCCAACUGGUUCAGGAGACAGCCUACCUGGAGGACCGACCCCUACACCUGCUGACCUGUGCCAACGAGGAGAACUGUCUGUCGUCUUCCGCUGCCAGAAUGAACUGGCCCUAUGGACACCGCCGCCUGCUACGAUUCUCCUCCAGGAUCAUGAACAUGGGACGGGCCGACUUCAGACCUAGGGCUACUAGGGAGUCUUGGACCUGGCAUGCGUGUCACAGGCACUACCACAGCAUUGAGGUGUUCACCCACUAUGACCUGCUGACUCUGAAUGGGACCAGGAUAGCAGAGGGACACAAGGCCAGCUUCUGUCUGGAGGAUACAUACUGCCCUGAAGGUCUGCAUAAGCGUUUCUCCUGCUACAACAUGGGCGACCAGGGCAUCUCAGUGGGCUGCUGGGAUACGUACCGCCACGACAUCGACUGUCAGUGGAUCGACAUCACCGAUGUCAAGCCUGGAGACUACAUAUUCCAGGUGGAAGUCAACCCCUCGUUAGACAUGGCUGAGUCAGACUUCCAGAACAACGUGAUGAGAUGUCGAUGCAAAUACGACGGACACAGAGCGUACAUGUAUGGAUGUCACGCAGGUGAUGCGUACAGUGCAGAGAUUGAGGACCUGUUUGAUCACCAAAGGCAGAUCUCCAAUAACUUUGUCUAGGCCCAUCCAGGGCCCAGCGUUGGCCCAGGCUGGUGCCCAGCAAAGAGGGCUCAGAGCUGGGGCCAAAACUGCUCAGGGUGCCCUGGGGUCUGGAGGUCUGGUGGGUCGUGGGAUCCUGCCCCACAACACUAGGGGACUCACAAAAUGGCACCUGUCCACUGCCCUUACCUGCUGUGGACUACACUACCCAGAAUAAACCACAACUAGGAGACCAUCACCCUGACUAUAGCUUUCGACCCCAACAGCCAAUAGAAACUGAGAGCAGGACAGAUGUCACCAGGGAAACCAAAUGAUUUCAGUUAACAAUGGAGGGUUACAAUGAUAUGGAUUCAAUCAACGUUUAGGUAUUUUGUUAGUUUAUGAAUGUGGACUACUAGUAACUUAGCUACUCAAAAUGUAUAUUAAUUAAUUAAUUUUAAUUCAAGUUGAAAUUAUAAUUGUACAUCUAACAUACCAACCUGAUCAAAGAGCAUGUCGUAUGAUUAUGUAUGUAAAUCCCUGAUACUCCUUUCAGUAUGAUAUGUUACAUUUCGUAUGGUAUGUAUCAAUUUGAGGAUGUCCAUCACCCAUUUCAUAUACUUUGUUCAUAUUAUAUGUUAUGAAUUUUCUAAAUUCAAAACAGGUUACGAAUUUACAAAACACAUGAUAUUUAAUGAAUUCUAGUAAAGUGGCUAGCUGGCUAAUGUUAGCUAGCUGGCUAAUGUUAGCUAGCUGGCUAAUGUUAGCUAGCUGGCUAACGUUAGCUAGCUGGCUAACGUUAGCUAGCUGGCUAACGUUAGCUAGCUGGCUAAU